UGGGGUGACGGGCCGGGGGCGCCUCACACGGAGCCGGAGCCGCCUUGUGCGUGGCGGGGCCGGAGAGGGGUUGCCGCCCCUGGCUGCUCCUCCCCCCCGCAGCCUGGGGGAUACCGCGACGUCCCGCCGCCGUGGACGCCUCCGCCGGAGCCACCGCAGUGACAAGACAAAGUCUUUUUGGGUUGCUCUGGCCUGUCCACAUUGUUUCUGGAUGGCUCUGGAUGGAUAGUGAAGAGGGAUGUUCAGUCUAAUGGCCAAUUGCUGCAACUGGUUAAAACGGUGGCAGGAACCUGUCAGGAAGGUGACACUAAUAAUGGUCGGUCUUGAUAAUGCUGGUAAAACUGCUACAGUCCGAGGAAUUCAAGGAGAGUCUCCUGAAGAUGUGGCUCCAACAGUUGGGUUUUCCAAAAUUGAUCUUAAACAGGGACGCUUUGAAGUGACAAUCUUUGAUUUGGGAGGUGGAAAACGAAUUCGGAAUAUCUGGAGGAACUACUAUGCUGAGUCCUACGGGGUGAUAUUUGUGGUGGAUUCCAGUGAUGUUGAAAGAAUGGAAGAAACAAAGCAAGCCAUGAUAGAAGUUUUAAACAGCCCUAAGAUAUCAGGAAAACCCAUAUUGGUGCUGGCAAAUAAGCAGGACAGAGAAGGAGCUCUGUCAGAAGCAGAUGUAAUCGAGUCCUUGUCUCUGGAGAGGCUUGUCAAUGAACACAAAUGUCUCUGUCAAAUUGAACCUUGCUCAGCUAUCAUGGGCUAUGGGAAAAAAAUUGACAAAUCAAUAAAAAAGGGUUUAUUUUGGCUUCUACAUAUCAUAGCCAAAGAUUUUGAUGCCUUAAAUGAGCGAAUCCAAAGAGACACCACAGAGCAAAAGGCAUAUGAAGAACAGAAGAAACUGGAACGAGCUGAGCGAGUGAGAAGGAUACGAGAAGAAAGGGAAAAAGAAGAAGGAGCUGUACCUGAUGAGGAAGACCCUGAGCCUGGGAAAUAUCAGAACCCCUUCCAGCCUAUAUCUGCUGUAAUCUCUGAGAAUGAAAAGCAAAUAGAAAAGGAGAAGAAGCAGCAAAGGUUGGAGACUGAAAAGGCUACAAUUGUCUUGAAAUCACAAGCAGAGCAGGACCAGAUGGAUGCCCAGCACUUAUCAAGUAGCAGCAGCCAAAACACAACUGACAGCAGACUAGAAAUGUGCAAUUCUGCAACUACACAGCUUUUGCAGCACUCGGAAGAGAAUGAUCACCAAGCCUCAGAUUGCCUUGACUCAGAUAACAGUAAGAAAAAAAGUAAAAAACCAAAAUUAAAAAGGGGCCACAGAGUAGAACCUAUUAAUCCAGAGGAUUCUCUUCCCAAAAAUCCAACACCACCACCAGCACUUCCACCAGUUGGCUGGGGAACUCCCAAACUUAAUAGACUUCGAAAACUCGAGCCUCUUGGUGAAACACAUCAUGCUGAUUUCUAUGGAAAGCCUCUGCCCCCGCUGACUCUAUGCCAAAGACCCAACAGUGACACCCAUGAUGUCAUUGCUUAACUGGAUCCCAAACAGAAUUUAAAACCACAAAAUGAAAAAAUUCCAUCAGAAACAUUUUUUUUGCCCUUGAAGGAAAAUUUUUAAAGUGACACUUUAUCAGCAUGUUGCAAAAUGACUUGGUGACAAUUAAAUCUGGAGUUUGUUCUCUCGAACUUAGUUGAUCUUGUCAUUCCACAUCACCAGCACUUCUUCAGGGUUUAGUGUGAAAUAAGAAAGGUCUGUGUGUCCAUGGAUGUGAACAUGGUAUUGAAUAUUUACUUGUGAAAAUACAUAUCCAUAAACCUGAAGAAAAACAACUUCAAGAUCACAGGAUUGUACCGUCCCAUCGAGACCUUCCUCCAGGUGCUGUGCAGUCGUUGGUAUUUUUUCAGCUCAUAAAUUAUUUUGUAAGAUUCAUUGUAUGAUAGGGUGACUAUAGAAAGGCUAAACAAAUAUUGAGUAUAUUUUUCUACCUUUUUAUAAAAUGAUUUGGAAGUUUGAGUGGACAUGGGUACCUGCUACCAAUAAAGUGAUACCUUGGAAGCAUUAGAAAGCUGAUGGUCAAGUUAAUAUAAAUACAGUGUGUUUGACUCUUACAGUAGCAAAACGCCUUUAUUAGGGAUUAUAUUACUAGGUGUAGUAUUUCAUAUUUCUGGCAACCUGAAGCAAGGAGUAAGACAGAACGUUUAAAAUAACUACAUUUUAUACAAAAUAUUGCUAUUUGAACUGUCUGAAAGUUUUCUUAUCUGUUGUUUUCUUUGUUUUGUUAACUGAAUCUGACAUAGGUAAUAAAUUCUGUGGAAAAAAAUUUAGUUGGAUAUUGUAUUGACUACUACAACAUACAGGAAAAUUGCACAUAGUGUAAGUUUUGCACUAAUUGAGUCAUGAAUUUUGAUGGAAAACUGAAUCAACCAAUAUGCAGAUAAACUCCAACAGGGUUUAAUCUCGAUAACACUAAAAUACCAUCUUGAAAACUAAAGAAACCCCAGGGUUUUAAGGAUUUAAACAAUACUUCCAUGUGUUUAUCUACAUUAAAAAAAAAAUCACAUACAAGUGAUUAAUUAACAACAAGGGUUACAAAUUGAUAUAUUCCUGUUUAAAUGUUUUUCCUCUUACACUAGAGACAACAAUUGGUGUCUUGUGUAAAGUAUAUUGUUAUGCCACUUAGUUACAGUAAGGAUGAAACCCCCAUUCAAAGGGAUUUUUUUGAAGAAGGAGUAUUUGAUUAUUGAUUAUUUUAUAUUACUCUCCAUCUUCAAUAACAUGGUAAUACCAAAUUACUUCCGGAGAUGUUAAAGCAAUGCAAUGUUUAUGUUCAGCACUUUGAUACUGGAAAUCUUUGCCAUAUGCCCCUUACAGCAAUGAGUUGCACAAAUAGACAUCCACCAUAAUAAUCAAAAUUAAAUUUUAUUAAGAUUUUUACAGAAUGUGUUUGUGGGGGGGUGGAAUCCAUCUUGAGAUAAGUUUGGAAUGGGUGGAGAGGUAAAGUCCAAGUUUAGUGAAAGGAUGAAGCACUUUGUACAUGACUACAUGAGAGUACUUUUUUGUAUUCUAAUAGUGUAACAUAAUUUGAUUAUUCUCAGAAUUUGGUCAUUUUCACUUGAAACAAACACAAUAUUAAGUGGAGGGGAGGUUGCAUAAAUGUUUAUGUGUGCAAUCUCAAUUUUAACUUUAGCUCUGUUACCACUUAAGUUUUCAGCUUAAAGGCUAUACUUAUUUUUUUUACAGCUUCAGUUUCUAGGAGUGUAUUACCCUUUUAUUUUACCUCCCAUCAAAAAUAAAUGAAUCGAAGUCUUUACUGAAAACAAAGCUGAAUGUGCUGUUGUAACAACGCCUGAGAAACUAAAAUGUCAGGUGUUGAUACAUAUGAACUGUGUGUUAUGUAUGUUGUGUGUGGACACAUGUAUCAUUUUUGAUUUUGCUUUUAAAAUAAAUUUUACCAAUAUGUGACCAAAGUA